AUGCUGGCAAUCACGCAUCAUGAGCACAAUGCGCCGGAACUGACCUUGGCAGUUCUUGGCUGCGGUACCAUGGGCGUUGCCAUCCUCUCCGGAAUCCUAAGCUCCUUGCAAGAGAUGUCCGCUCCUCGUCCCUUGCAAACCCCAUCCGGACGGUCCACUCCCGCCGACGAGGUCCCAUCCCGACUCCCCUCCCGCUUCAUCGCCUGCGUGCGCCGUCCAGAGUCUGCUAAACGGGUCAAGCAAGCCCUGUGGGAACACAGCUCUUCGCUCAAGGUCGUCCAGAAGGAGAAUGUCGCCGCGGUGAUGAAGUCGGACGUGAUCAUCCUGGCCUGCAAGCCCUGGAUGAUAGAGGAGCUCCUGAACGAGCCCGGCCUGUCCAAGGCCCUCCACGGGAAACUCCUCAUCAGCAUAUGCGCCGGAGUCACCGUCCCCCAGAUCGAGAAGAUCCUCCACGGAGCCGUGCCCGAGAAGGAUCCAGAGGUUGAUGGCCGCUGCAGGAUCGUACGGGCGGUGCCCAACACGGCUAGCAUAGUUAGACAAGGUGUAACUGUCAUUGCGAACAGCGAACCACCUCUGCCACCCCAGACCUCGAGCCUCGUGACGUGGAUAUUCAAGCGCAUUGGCGACGUCAUCUACCUUCCUGCCAGGAACAUGGACGUAUCCACAGCUCUCGCCGGAUCUGGCCCAGCAUUCUUUUCGCUCAUGCUCGAAGCCGCCGUAGACGGUGCCGUGUCUCUAGGACUUCCCCGGGCCGAAGCCCUGCGGAUGGCCGCGCAAUCCAUGAAGGGCGCUGCCGACCUAGUCCUCCACGGCGACCACCCCGCUCUCCUUCGAGACAGGAUCAGCACGCCCGGCGGCUGCACCAUUCAGGGAAUUCUGGUGCUCGAGGACGGCCGGGUACGCGCCACCGUUGCCAAAGCCGUACGAGAAGCCGCCGUCACCGCCAGCCAACUUGGUAAAGGUACUUAG